AUGUUGCCUACCUGGGUGACAUCCGCGGCGGCAGCCGGUUUCAUACUCUUGUCAUCUGGCAUCAUUGGCGGUGCCGAUGCGUCCCACUCUGGACUGCGCAUGCCCGCCUCGCCUAAGUACAAAAGCCGCAGCGGCAACUGCCCGACGUCGUGCGCCCUUGUCGGGCCCGACCCCGCUAACUGGCCCGUCUACAAGAACACGGCACAGCUAGACAAGUGCACAGAGACCAUUUUCUACCACAUGUCACUCUCUGACAAUGUUGAUGACAGUACAUUGUCUCACCGCAUCUACGCUUGUGCCUCGUACGGUUCUUUCAAGGCGACCGGUGCAGCGUCUUCGACUAUGCGUGUGAAGCAGACGCUCGACAACGCCACGUUCACGGUGGGCCACUGGGAUGAGAUUACGCCGGCCGGUGCCGACUUGCGCGAUUUGUCUAAGCAGGUCCGCCGUUUCUUGACCUCGGGCUUUAUGGCCACCCCCGGCAACAGCUCCUCGUCGUAUGCCACAGCGGGCAACCAGCCUCAGGUCCUGUUUGCGCAGACCAGUGGCGGCACCGUCGGUCUCUACGUCGGCAAGGCUAUCCAAAGCCUAUCAUCCGUUACGGGCGCCCUCAAGUCGCUCGAACAGUCACUAACCGCUACGAACGAGACCACCGGCACAGUGGCGCUUGAGCUGUGUGGCACACACUACGAUGCCGACCACAUUAUUGGCUUUAUGGCCACCAGCAAUACUUCUUUUGUGCCGGUCCAACAGGUUCUCCAGUCGUGGUCUAAGGCAUCCUGUAUCGACUACAACUCGACGCAAACGUUCAUCAGCCCUGUCUCAUUUACAACACCGUUGGCUAUUCCUACCACGAACUCUACGAGUACAUCCAACGGCACCGUGGUGGCGCGCGAUUUGCACGGCCACAGCCACCACCAUAGCCGCUCGCCCCAUGCGCAUACCUUCCUGACGCCCCGUGCCGACUGCACAACCGUUCAGGUUGUGUACGGUGACACAUGUGGCACACUAGCCACCAAGUGCGGGAUCUCGGCUGCCGACUUUACCAAGUACAACCCCAGCUCAACACUAUGUUCAAAGCUAGCACCUGGCCAGCACGUUUGUUGCUCGUCCGGUACGCUGCCCUCGUUUGCGCCUAAGCCUAACAGCGACGGCUCAUGUUAUAGUUAUACCGUUGUGGCCAACGAUAACUGUGCUGACCUGGCGGCCGCUUACGACCUGACCAACGAUUUAAUUGAGAGUUUCAAUAACGAGACCUGGGGCUGGCAGGGCUGCGGUAAUGUGCUCCUUGGUGCCGUUAUUUGCCUGAGUAGGGGCUCGCCUCCGAUGCCUGCUGCUAUCGCUAACGCCGAGUGCGGUCCCCAAAAGCCUGGUACGGUGGUGGGUCCCGGCGGCACUUACAACCUGUCUGGUCUUAACCCUUGCCCGCUUAACGCCUGCUGUGACAUAUGGGGCGAGUGUGGUAUCACUGAGGAGUUUUGCGUUGACACGUCUCUGGGCCCCCCGGGUACGGCAAAGAAAGGCACCAACGGUUGUAUUUCUAAUUGUGGUACCGACGUGAUUUCAGGCGACGCGCCCAUUAGUCCUAUUAACCUAGCCUACUUCGAAGGUUACGGUAUGGACCGCCCCUGCCUGUAUCAGGAUAUUUCGCAGUUGAGCACGGCCUAUACCCACGUCCAUUUUGCCUUUGCCACGCUUGAUCCUUCUACUUAUGCCGUCUCCGUCGGCUCCGCCGCGAGUACCUACGAGUUCGAUCGUUUUACGCGUCUUGGUAAUAGCUUCCACCGUGUGUUAACCGUCGGAGGCUGGAGCUUUUCUACGGAUCCUAGUACUUACAGUAUUUUCCGUAACGGCGUUACGGCCGUUAACCGCGUGGCUAUGGCGACAGCUAUUGCCAACUUCGUUAAGGACAACGAAUUAGAUGGUAUUGAUAUCGACUGGGAAUAUCCUGGUGCACCGGAUAUCCCUGGAAUCCCCGCUGCUAGUACCGACGAUGGCGCCAACUACUUGGCCUUUUUAGUGGUCUUGAAGAACCUACUACCGGGUAAGACCGUUAGUAUCGCCGCUCCUUCGUCUUACUGGUACCUUAAGGGCUUCCCUAUUAAGAAGAUUAGCGAGGUUGUCGACUAUAUUGUCUACAUGACCUAUGAUCUACACGGCCAGUGGGACAGUGGUAACUCUUACUCGCAAGAAGGAUGUCCUACCGGCAACUGCCUCCGGUCGCACGUUAACUUGACCGAGACCAUGACAUCGUUGGCCAUGAUUACCAAGGCUGGUGUGCCGUCGGGCAAGGUUGUCGUCGGUGUCACUAGCUACGGCCGUUCGUUUGGCAUGACCGACCCUGGCUGUUACACCCCCGAGUGUACUUUUGGUGGAGGUGCGGCCGGCUCCACGGCCACUCAGGGCCCUUGCACGGGCACUGGAGGCUACUUGGCUGACGCAGAGAUUACGGAUAUUAUGGAAGGCACCAAUAGUACCAGCAAUGAGAAGCGCCGUCGCCGCCGUGACUCUACAGCGCUGUCAAGUCGUGUUAACCAGUACUAUUACGACAAAGACAGUGACAGUCAAAUCCUGGUGUUUGACGACAACCAGUGGGUUUCGUUUAUGACGGCCGACAUCUUAGCUUCACGCACUGCGAAAUAUAAGAGCCUGGGGUUGGGCGGCACUACCAAUUGGGCCAGUGACCUGCAGACAUUCAACGAGGUACCAGGCAAUAUGCCCAACUGGGACGCAUUUAUACUGGCCGUCAAGACCGGUCUCGACCCGAUGUCCGAACUGUCCGUUGAUCCUACGCAAAUAUCGGGCAACUGGACCAAGCUGAGCUGCACGGACCCGGCCGUCGUUGACGUGCGAAACCUGACAUCCGAGGAGCGCUGGGACCGAUUGGGCUGCACGGACGCCUGGAACGACGUUAUUAACGUAUGGAAGACAACCGACAUUAACAACGGCAUGUACCUCAGUGCGUCAAUUUCGGCGUCUAUCAACGGCCCCGAAAACUCGAACUGCGGCUCGCUCGCUGCCACAAGCAACUGCGACCGUAUUCUGUUGUGCAAGGACGUUGAGAAUACCCAAGGCUCAGGCCCCGCAGCGUACGAGAUCUGGAACUCGCUCGUUUACGUCCACGAGAUAUACGAGACGUUCCACAGCACCAUUAUUCAGGCGGCCGCGCUGUCACUAAAUCCGGCAUUGGACCAUUUUGAGAACACUUUUGCGCCCGUGACGCCGCCCGACACCGAAUGGCUCGAUCUUCUGCUGGCAUUUGUGAACUUGGCUGGAACCAUUGUGGUGUCGAGCUUUUUCAAUAGUAUUCUGAAAGCACUUCCGUUCUUCAAAGCUAACGGUGUCCAAUACGACAACUACAAGGACGCCGGCAAGGCCCUGGUCAGCUUCGGCGUGUCGGUUACAGGCACCUAUGUGAGCGGUAGCCAGAGUUCGUGGACGCCGGCCUCGCAGACGUCCUUCUCUAACUACCUCGGCCAGUUCGUCGACAUUUGGGCCAACUCCACUGAGCAGCAACUAUCAAACAUCUUUAGCGGCCAGCCUAACACGCUGCCGAUCCUGGCUAGUCUUAUCGACAAGGGCCAGAUGAUUGAGGGCGCCACCGGCUCCGACAGUGCGGCUGAUACAAAACCUGACGUCGGUAUAUCGGACGCCACUACCACUUCUGUGGAGGCGAGUAUUAAACGAUCCUUCUAUGCUUUUGCCAUUCCUGCCGUGUGGCGCGCCUCGGGAACAGGUGCUUUCAUUCUGGACACGGGCGCCGACUGCAGCGACUUGAAUGUGGCCCACCAAUACGUUGAUCCGUCCAUCCAGAAGCAGGCCAUGGGUUGCAUCGACAACCACCUUUACUUUUUGGUCUUCCCUGAUGGUAAAUCCCCUGACUCCUGUAAUCUUGAGGACUGUCGGGACGAUGGCUUUUCCCUGCCAGCCGGAGUCGACAUGCUCGAUGGCUCGUCGUGGGGCGGCGUGACGGUAGCUGAUAUCGUUAACGGGUCCCUCCGCACGUAUAUAGCAAACGGUCACAAGAACGGCGGCUACAGCGCUGACCCCUCGGACACGUCCACUAUGAAUAGCCUGUAUGACCAGGACAUUACCACGCCCGGUUACAUCAGCCUUCCAGUCUGCUCGGGCCAGACUGCUUUCCGGACCUGGCAAGUGCACAGUGACCGCUCGCUCGAUAACUGGCCCUGCUACUUAACGCCACAGAGGGGCGCCUGCGAGUCGUCGAGUUUCAUCGACCAGACCUCAGACGCGUCGCCCUCGGUCGACGACUGCAUGCACCUUGUCAACAACAUUAUCGGCACAGACGGUGAAUGGUACAAAGAUACGGCUGGUUUAGCGCAGCACUGGGUGGCGGGGUAUGGAAGCUGCAAUUUCGGAAUCCAGGCCACCGAUCUACACGGCAACAUCAACUUCCAUAUUACGGCGCAGGACAUUGUGGAUAUUAUCACCGACUCCGUGAAGCUCUUUGGCGGUAGCGGCAAGGUGGGCGCGAAGGGCUAUAUGGACUGCGACGGCAACGUCAACUCGCAGGAUGUGCUAUGGGGCCUAUACUAA